AUGGAAAAAAGACUUGGGUUAUCAAACAAUGGUGCCUCUAAUAGUAACAGUAAUAUUAGGGGCCUUCAGAUAUUCAUUGCUGAUCUGCGAUCUUCUCAACAAUCCCAGGAGCAGGAGAGAAGAAUACAGGCUGAGCUGAGCAAGAUUAAACAGCAAUUUACUUCAUCUCGUAAAAAAUCUGACAGCAGUAAUAAACUUGCUGGGUAUCAAAGAAAAAAAUAUGUAUCCAAAUUGGCUUACAUAUACAUUACAUCGAAUACAACUAAAUUGAGUGAUAUUUUAUUUGGUCUAGAUGAAAUGGUAGAACUAUUGAAAUCGAAUGUAUUCAGUGAAAAAUAUAUGGCUUAUAUGACUCUAGAAAUUCUAUAUGAGCAUCAAGAAGUGGUGAAUAGGGUGGAUGAUCUAGUUACAGCACAGCUUGUUAAAGAUCUAGCUGGUAGUAAUGAUGACACCGUAGCAUUGGCAUUGAAUUUUAUAGGUGUUGUGGGUAGGUUAAAAAAUGGAUUAGCUUAUAAUGAUGACGUGAUAACAGAGGUUUUCCAAAUUAUCAGAUCACCAACAGCAGCCGAACACUUAAAGAAAAAGGCUGCCCUAUCUUUCCUCACUUUGCUAAAAACCAACAUUGAUAUAUUAACUGGUGAUUUACAACGGCAAAACCACUGGAUCCAACGUAUAUUAAGUCUUUUAGAUGAUUCCCAAAAUUACAGAUUACUACUUUCUGUGCUUCCACUUAUUGAAUUUAUUGCUAGAUACGUCAAUCCUUCUCAGUGUGUAAGGCUAAUUCCACAACUAACGCAAAUUUUGUAUAAGUGUUUGAUCGGGGGAACAUCACAAUUAGCAGAGACUCAAUUUCCAGCUGAAUACAUGUUCGCUAAUGUCCCUAAUCCAUGGUUAAUUACUAAACUGGUAUCAUUACUAAGUGUAUUAAUAAUAUCUCGCAGUGAAAUUAGCGAAAAUAGAGCUGGUUUAUUACAGGCAAGCAAUAUAGAUACAGAUAAUUUAGGGAAAUUAAGAUUGUGUGUUUCUAAAGCAAUUGAACUUGGUACGAGGGAUGUAAGUGAUCCUAUGGAGCGCAUAGUCCAAAAUACGAUUUUAUUUUCUUUAAUCAAUUUCGCAUCCAAAUUAGACCCAACUGAAGAAGCUCUUAGUAAUUCUGCCACUGCAUUAUGUUCAUUGCUUAUUUCAUCAGAAACUAACAUUCGUUACCUGGCAUUAGAUUCACUUGUCAAACUUUGUGCAAUCAGUGAAAAAACUGUGAUUGAUUCAGUUUGUAAAAAGAAUUUGAAUUUAAUUUGCAGGUUAUUAAAUAAUGAAAAGGACCAAUCGAUUUUGAGAAAACUUGUCGAUCUGUUAUAUUCUUUUACUAAUGUCGAUAAUGUUAAGAUUAUUGUGAACCAUUUAUUGAAAUUUAUAUUAACCUCGAGGACAAUUUCAGACAAUAAGAUGAAAAGAGACAUAAGUGUAAAGAUAGCAGUUUUGACAGAAAAAUAUGCCACUGAUACUAAUUGGUUUGUUGAAAUUUCGUUGAAAUUAUUAUCGAUUUCUUCGAAUGCAACUAAUAAUGAUGACUUAAUCUGGGAAAGGUUAUCUCAAAUUGUAGUCAAUAACCCUCAGUUACAUAAGAUUACAUGUGAACAAUUGGUUGACUACUUGAACAAUAAUAACACAAGCGAAACUAUAAUAGCUACAGGUGCAUUUUUAAUUGGUGAAUAUGCAAAUUUAAUUACUGAAAAAAUAUCAAUUGGUGAAUUAUUUAAUUUAUUCACGGAUAAGUAUUUUAUAGUAUCCAAUACUACAAAAUGCAUGAUAUUGACAACUAUGAUAAAGCUUUACAAAUUUGCUCCAGAGAUCGGAUCUGCUGUUAUAAAAUUUUUCCAAUUGGAGUUAAACUCUCUGGAUAUCGAACUUCAAACUAGAUCUUACGAGUAUUUAAAAAUUAUUCAGAUUUCUAAUUCCAUCGGUAAUAAAGCACUACUUGACACAUUAUUUUCAGGUAUGCCUUCUUUCAAUAGCCGUACUAAUCCAUUGUUAAGAAGAUUAGGGAAUUUGCCAGAUUCUUCAGUAAACAACAAUAGUUCAUUAUGGUUAAAAGUUAAUAAAUCAGAAGCUUCAUUAGCAGGAUCGCCUGAGAGACGAGACGAAUCUUCAAGCUCGGUUCAGAAUUCUACUUCACCAUUAUCAUCUAUGUCGAGUAAUAAUGGUAUAGCGCCAGCACCACCGCUUUCAAGAUCACGUAGUAGAAUGAAUAGUAAUGUGACGUCACCUAUUAAAAAUAAUGGCAUUAAUGAUAGUUAUUAUUCUAGACAAAAUCUGAGUAGUAAUUGGAGGGAAGGCUUUACGAGGAGUAUAUCCCACAGACAAGGUAUUCUAUACUCGUCUUCACUCAUCAAAAUAUUAUAUCGUAUAACGAAUCCUGAUAUCCAACAGAUGAGUAUUUUACAAGUAAGUUUAACAUUUAUCAAUCAAACAGAAUGGGAAAUGUCAGGGUUUAAUACUGAGACUAUAUCAUACCAGUUACAAGACAGUCCGUCGUAUAUUAUACAGAAUGUCGAAUCCUUGAGUAGUACAUCAAUAAUGCCACACAAGAGGAUUGAACAAAAAUUUAACAUUACAAUAAGGAAACCGUUUGAAGUUGAGAAAUCCGUGAUAUUUAAUUCUCAUUUUAAAUGUGGUGGUAGUGUACAAUUUUUGUCAUUAAAGAUUGGUAUUGGUAUGACCAGCACGUUAGUGAAUAACGUUGAACAACCGGGGAUGACACUACCUGAAUAUAUUGGUAGAUGGAGGCAAUUGAGAGAAGGGUUAGGAAACGAUGGGGAGUAUCAGUUAGUGGUUAGACCUAAAAAGAGUGGAGCACAAGAUUUAAGUAGUUCAUUGAUACAGAUAAUGAAAAGGUUAGGAUUCCAAGUGGUUGAACAAGAUAGUAUAUCUAAUACGGUAUUUGCAUCAGGUAUAAUUCAUACCAAAAGUACUGGUAAUUAUGGAUGUUUAGUUAAGUUAAAGAGUGCAAUUAGUUCGGAUGGUGAUAGUAGAGAGAUUGAAAUAACAUGUAGGACCACGUCUGCUGGAUCGUUAUCAAAAUACGUAGUUGAUUGUAUCAACUAUGCACUGUAG